ACGUAACGCGUUGUUUGCAGUCAUACCGCCAUAUUGUAUAUGUAGCGCGGGUCACUGGCGCGUGUAUGGGACUUUUUGUGAAUAUUUCGUGAGGUAAAAGUGUGUGAAUCGACAAAAAUCAUAGGAUAAUACACGCGAUGGAUCCGGCAAAAUUAAAAGUGGUUGAAUUGAGAUCGCAGCUGUCUCAGCGAGGUCUUGACACGAAAGGCAACAAAGCGGUGCUUGUUGAGAGACUUCGUAAGGCGUUGGAAGAGGAAACGGAAAACAAAAUAGAACAAAAGAUGACUGAAAAUACGGAAAAUGUGGAUGAUACUGCUUUGAAGGAAGCAAGUAAAAAAUCAGUCCAACCACCGAGAACACCUAGUCGUUCCUCUAGAAGUUCAUCCCUGACGCCAACAAAAAUUAGUACCAGAAGUACACCAAAGCAUGCAACAACACCAUUAUGUAGUAAAUCAUCUACACCAAAUAAAGAACAGUCUGUAGAAAAAGCAAAAGACUUAUUGACUGGAAUAUCGGAGCAAAUUCCAGAUGAACAUGUAACAACCGAAAGAGAUUUAAAAACUCCCCCUCCUCCCCUGCAAAAGGAUCAUCAUGAGGAUGAUGAUGAAGAAGAUGAACAAGAUCCAAUGAUACUUGCCCAAGAGAAAGUACAAACGUCUACUUCUGAUGACUUAAAGGGAUAUUUAAGCGAAGAUCAAAAAGAGGAAGAAGAAGAUAAUUUAUUGAAAGAUGAUGCUGACGAAGAUGCAUUACUGAAAGAUACGUCAGAAGAUGCAUUACUCAAGGAUACAUCGGAAGAUGAAUUAUUGAAAGAUUCAUCGAGAGAUCUAUUACUAAAAGAUACGUUAGAAGAUAAGUCGUUGGAAGAACCAUUGGAAGACAUUGAGGAACAAUCUUCUGAGAUACCUCCCAUAGAUUCGAGUAAAAAAGUCGAAGACAGUCUAGAAGAAAUGAAUGAAAGAGGGGAGGGCGAAGACGUGGAAGAGGAAAAGGAAGAGAAAACAAUUGUUGAUAACGAAAGCACUUCGGAGAAUGUUGAAUCAAUAAAUGAAAAUAAUCAAAAUACAUCGAACGAAGAAGUGCAGAAGGAGGACCUUGAGAAAAAUGAACUGGAUAUAGAAUCAAAGGAUGAUAUUUCCGAUACAGACGGCGAUGUCGAAAUGAAAGAAAAUUUAGAAGCGGUGGAACAUGUUGUUGAAAAAGAGAAAGAUUCAACGGCAGAACAAUCAAUUUCAAUUGUUUGUGAAAAUCAAAAAGAAUCUGACAUGGUACAGUCGGAAGAUGAAAAGAAUACUCAGAUAGAAGAAACAAUAGCCGAGAAAGAUGAUCAACAACAGUUAGAUACAAAAGAAGUGACUGAAGAGGAAUGUAAUAAUGACGUAUCUAUACCUGAUCAGGACGUAGAAAUGGUGGAAGUUAAACGCGAAGAAAAUAUAAAGGAAGAUAAUAAGGACUGGAAUAUGGAUCAUAAUGAUAGAAAACGUAAAAGAUCUUCUAGUCCUCCUGAAGAAUACCCUUUAUUACCUUUACCAGAAAACGAACCUGAAAUUAACAAUUCUGCUGUAGUUUUAUCUUGGUAUGACUCAGAUUUAAAUUUGCUUAUUGACAAAAAUGAUUUCGUAUCUGCUACACCAAUGCAUAAUGAUGGUUUCUGCUAUAUAUGGGCAGGAGCUCGAGCAUCUUAUGGAUAUACAAGCGGAAAGAUAUAUUACGAAGCAAAGAUCAUUGAUUGCUGUUCUAUUAAUAUACAAGAUGAAGAAUAUUCGCAUGUACUUCGUUUAGGAUGGUCUGCUUCUUAUACUUCUAUGCAGCUUGGUGAAGACAAGUUAAGUUAUGGUUAUAGUGCAAUAGGAAAGAAAUGUACAGAAAAUAAAUUUGAAGAUUAUGGAUCGCAAUUCAAUAAGGAUGAUAUUAUUGGAUGUUAUGCAGACAUGUCGCUUGAAAAUGACGUUAUCUUAUCAUAUACAUUGAAUGGAAAAGAUUUAGGAACUGCGUUUUCUAUAUCCAAAGAAGAGCUUGGAGAUAAAGCAUUAUUUCCACAUGUUCUAAGUAAAAAUUGUACUUUUACUUGUAAUUUUGGUCAAGAGAAACCAUGGAGCGAAGAAAUUUUGGAAGGAUACACGGUAGUUGGUACCGUUGAUUUAGAACAUAGUACCCCUGGACCACGAAGACCAGAGACAAAACAGGAUUGUGAAGUUCUAAUGAUGUGUGGCUUACCGGCUGCUGGAAAAACUGUAUGGGCAACAAAACAUGCGGCGCAAUAUCCAGAAAAAAUGUACAAUAUUUUGGGAAUAAGCACGCUUGUUGAUAAAAUGAAAAAUAUGGGCCAACCACGGAAACAAAACUACCAUGGUAGAUGGGAAGUACUUAUUGAAAAAUGUACUCGUACUUUAAACAAGUUAUUAGAAAUGGCAUGUAGUAGAAGACGUAAUUACAUUUUAGAUCAGACAAAUGUGUAUCCUUCUGCACAAAGACGAAAAAUGAAGAAUUUCCGUGAAUUUCAACGUAAGGCAAUAGUUGUAAUACCAACGAACGAAGAAUUUAAAUCACGUACUGCUAAGCAUGAAGCAAUUGAUGGAAAGGCUGUUCCUGAUUCCGUAGUCAUGGAAAUGAAAGCCAAUUUUAGUGCUCCAGAGGUAGGAGAACUUUUCGAUAAUACGGUUUGGGUUGAACUUAACAAAGAAGAUGGUAGGAAAUUAAUUGAAAAAUACAACAAAGAAGGAAAGGAAGCCGGUUAUGGCCAACAAUCUGCCAGUAAACGACCAAGAUUCGAAAGAAGCGAAGGCCACAAAGAUAACCGUGAUUCAAGAAAUAGUCGUGACAGUAGAGAUAGUCGAGACAGUCGAGACAGUCGAGAUAGUCGGGAUCAUCGGGAUCAUCGCGACAGAAGAAAUAAUUAUUCAAAUAGAAAUCGUAAUUCCAUGUGGCGUGGUAGUAGUAGUAUGGGAAGUUGGAGAGACAGAUCUUUAAGAGGAGGUCAUAUGAGGCACAGUGGUGGAUAUGGUCCACCAAGCAACUGGAGAAGCAGAGGUGGUAUGCCUAUCCCACCACAUCGUGGAGGAGAUAGGAGAGGUGGAAAUAAUGACAGAAGAAGUGGAAAUGAUAGAAAUCGAUCAGUAGCGCGACAAAGUGGUUGGGGUUCUGCAAGUAGUUACCAAGGAUCACAACCAUCAGGAUGGAAUCAACAAGGUGGUAGUUGGUCAAAUAGCAGCCAAUCACAAGGAGGUUGGGGACAAGGAGGAUGGGCAGGACAGCAGCAAUCAGGCAGUUGGAAGAGUUAUGGCCAAGGAUCAUACAGCCAAUGUAGUUACAAUCAACAAGAUUAUGGCAAUGGAAAUUGGAACCAACAGUAUUAUAAUCAGUAUUGGGAUCCGCAGCAGUCAAGUGGGCAGACAACUGCAGCUGGUAGCCAAGCUGUAAGCACAAGUGUAACAGAAAUCUCUGAAGAUUCAGAGGCUAAGUAUAGUCACCCACAAAGAUGGCAAGGAUAUACACAGACAUAUUCUUUUCCCUCUCAGAAUGCUACUACAGACGUCCAACAGUCCCAACAACACAAGAAAUAUUGCAAUAAUAGCAAUAAACGAUAUGCUUUCGAUGCUUCAACAAUACAGUAAACAAAUCUUAUUAAGGCAUUAAAAUUAUAUCGUAUCAAAAUUCUAAAUUAUAUAUUUUACAAAGUGGUGCAUUGAGAAUGCAGGAAGCAAAAUCAUUUUAUAAAUUUAAUUACUAUAUCAUAGAAAAUAAUCCUACUAUAUAUAUAUAUAUAUAUACGCAUAUAUACAUACACAUAUACAUAUAUAUGUAUAUGUAUAUAUAUAUUUAGUUAUCGAUUAAACGUAGUUCUAAUUCUGCAAGUGCAUUAACAUAACAUUGACAUAUAAUCAAUAUGAAUAGUAUAAUUAUUACUUUUAUAACGGGUUUAUAACAAAUGUUUAAAGAGGAAUAUUACUAUGUAUGGAUACAUUACAUGAUUAGUAUUAUGGCAACAAUCUUUAAUUAUUUAUCAUUAUUAUUAUGAAAGAAACCGUGUAAAUAUGUACAUAUCUCAUUAUUGAGUUAUGCAAAAAUAAUUGGUAAUCUAUAUUUAUAUUUUAAGACAAAUUUUUAAAAAAUAUUGUUAUAUUUUGUCAUGCAGAAAAUCAAGAACAAAUACCCAUUUUGUUUCAAUUUUCCAUAUCAAUGAUGGUAUAUAAAGAUAUGGCAUGAAUGAAUUAUUCUUGGACUUAUACAAAAUUAUUUUUUAUUAUACGAAAGGACUGUAAAGACUAAUAACUAUCUUUAUCCUUAUAUACAAAACUAAAGGGGAAAAAAUGAUAUAGGCAAGAUUAUAAGCCUCUUAAUGUUUGGUACAAAUGUCAUAGAGAUCAGAAUUGCAA